UCAAGACUGGCAAAGUAUGUACCAGUCCACUCACAUUCCGAUACCAAAGUUUACACCUGUGGAUGAGUCUGUCACAUUUAUUGGUCGGCUCUGCAGAGAAAUCUUGCGGAUCACAGACCCAAAGGCUCUCCUAGCGGACAUCGAAGCCCACUAUCAGGACCCUUCACUGCCUUACCCCAAAGAAGAUAACGCACUCUUAUACGAGAUCACAGCCUAUCUGGAGGCAGCUGGCAUUCACAACCCACUGAAUAAGAUAUACAUAACAACAAGGCGCUUACCCUAUUUCCCAGUUGUCAACUUUCUGUUUUUGAUCUCCCAGUUGCCAAAACUUCAGUACAACAAAAACCUAGGAAUGGUCUGCCGGAAGCCUGCCGACCCGUGGAUUGGCCGCCGCUUGUUCUGGGACUGCUCACCCUGCUGAAGCAGUUUCAUUCCCGGUACACAGAACAGUUCCUGGCGCUGACCGGCCAGUUUAUCCGCUCCACAGUGGAGCAGUGUACAAGCCAGAAGAUACCCGAGAUGCCUGCAGAUGUUGUGGGUGCCCUUCUGUUCCUGGAGGAUUAUGUUCGGUACACAAAAUGCCCAGGAGGGUAAGCAGCAGAUAAAGACAGUGUUGAUGCCCUUUUUAUAAGGUCCUUUGAACUUGCUAGGAGUGAAGUCCAGUAGCUCACUCACCUUGGCUGCCUCCGAGCCCCUUGCCGGUGCUCUGCCCCACAGCUCUAAAAUUCCCCGUCCUCCCUGGUAAGUGCUUUGCAAGGAGACAGUUUAACACACCUUCCUUGCUCUUCUCCCUCUUUACCCCACCUUCCUCCUGUCAGCAGCUCACCCAGUUCAGGAGUUGGGAUGGGCAAUCCAGGAGAGAAUUUCUUUAGUGGCAGGGAUAGAAAGGUAAUUGUGUGGUUGUUUCCUUUCCCCAGUAAUGGUUCUCAAGCAAGUUGAUUAUUUUCACAGCAUGGCGAAAAUUAUACCAUCCAUACUACUGUUCCCAAAAAUGACAGACUUGCUUUUUACC